AAAUAGUGUCGUAAGGUCUGGUUUGAAAUCAGAAUCAAAUUUGGAUUAAUCUCAUAGACACGCAUCGUCUAGGAGCAUCUUUGAAAAUGAAAUUCUUCGUUAUUGCCUUCGCUGUGAUCGCAGCUGCUGCGGCCACCUCCAUCUCCACGGAGUACCUGCCCCCAGUGGACAAUAACCUCGAAGUCGUCGCCGAGUCGAUCGAUGCCCCAGUCGAGCAGGGUGUGCUCAGUGAUGAUGGCUACCGUUACAAGACCGUGCGUCGCCUGAAGUUGCGCCACCGUCGUGAUGUCAGCGAACUCCCCCUCGAAUACCUGCCCCCUGUUGAGGCCGCCUCUGAGGAAGUCGCUGUUGAGACCCCAGUUGCUGAGGAUGGCUACCGUUACAAGACCGUCCGUCGUGUGAUCCGUCGUCGUCGUGAUGUGAGCGAACUCCCCCUCGAAUACCUGCCCCCAGUUGAGGCUGCCGCUACCCAGGAGGUCGCUGUUGAGGCUCCCGUCCAGGAAUCCGCCGUCCUUGCUGAUGAUGGCUACCGUUACAAGACCGUCCGCCGUGUGAUCCGUCGUCGUCGUGAUGUCAACGAGCUCUCCAACGAAUACCUGCCCCCAGUUGAGGUUGCCGCUACCCAGGAGGUCGUUGCUGCUGCUCCCGUCGAGGAAUCCGCCGUCCUUGCUGAUGAUGGCUACCGUUACAAGACCGUCCGCCGUGUGAUCCGUCGUCGUCGUGAUGUCAACGAGCUCUCCAACGAAUACCUGCCCCCAGUUGAGGUUGCCGCUACCCAGGAGGUCGUUGCUGCUGCUCCCGUCGAGGAAUCCGCUGUCCUUGCUGAUGAUGGCUACCGUUACAAGACCGUCCGUCGUGUGAUCCGUCGUCGUCGUGAUGUCAACGAGCUCUCCAACGAAUACCUGCCCCCAGUUGAGGUUGCCGCUACCCAGGAGGUCGUUGCUGCUGCUCCCGUCGAGGAAUCCGCUGUCCUUGCUGAUGAUGGCUACCGUUACAAGACCGUCCGUCGUGUGAUCCGUCGUCGUCGUGAUGUCAGCGAACUCCCCCUCGAAUACCUGCCCCCAGUUGAGGCUGCCGCUACAGAGGCCGUCGCUGUUGAGACCCCAGUUGCUGAGGAUGGCUACCGUUACAAGACCGUCCGUCGUGUGAUCCGUCGUCGUCGUGAUGUCAGCGAACUCCCCCUCGAAUACCUGCCCCCAGUUGAGGCUGCCGCUACUGAGGCCGUCGCUGUUGAGACCCCAGUUGCUGAGGAUGGCUACCGUUACAAGACCGUCCGCCGUGUGAUCCGUCGUCGUCGUGAUGUGAGCGAGCUCGCCAACGAAUACCUGCCCCCAGUUGAGCAGACCCCCAUCAUCGAUGUGCCCGCUGAGCCCACCAUCUUGGCUGAUGAUGGCUACCGUUACAAGACUGUCCGUCGCCUCAAGCUCCGUCGUCACUAAAGUCCCACACUAAUUACCCACCCACCUCCUCAGGCUUUGAGAUUGCCAGAUGCAACUGAAUUGCUCUGUCGAACUCAAUUGAACUUAAGAUAAGCGUAUUAGUCAAUGAUAACGAGUUAUGAAUAAUUCGAGUACAAAACCGAAACAACAAUAAAACAUUUUUUA